AUGGGCCAACAGAAUCUAACAGUGCUGACUGAAUUCAUUCUAACUGGAGUCACGAGGCACCCUGAGUUGCAGUACCCGCUUUUGAGGGUGUUUCUCCUCAUCUACAUGAUCACAGUGGUGGGCAACCUGGGCAUGAUCAUCUUGACCAAGAUGGAUUCCCGCCUACACACACCUAUGUAUUUUUUCAUCAGACACCCGGCCGUCAUUGAUCUUGGUAAUUCUACUGUCAUUUGUCCCAAGAUGUUAGUAAAUUUUGUUGUGGAUAAAAAUACCAUUUCCUAUUAUGCAUGUGCCACACAGAUGGCUUUCUUCAUUUUGUUCACUAUCAGUGAACUUUUUAUCCUUUCAGCCAUGGCCUAUUACUGCUAUGUGGCUGUCUGUAACCCUCUACUCUACAAUGUUAUCAUGUCCCAAAGACUUUGCCAUGUGCUGGUGGGCGUUCCAUAUCUCUACAGUACCCUUCAGUCUCUGAUGUUCACCAUUAAGACUCUUACAUCCAUCUUCUGUGGCUCUAAUGUCAUCAGUCACUUCUACUGUGAUGAUGUUCCCUUGUUAUCUAUGCUUUGCUCAAAUUCACAAGAAAUAGAAUUGAUGCUCAUGAUAUUUUCAGCAUUUAAUUUGAUAUCCUCCCUCCUGGUUGUCCUGCUGUCCUACCUGCUGAUUCUGAGAGCCAUAUUUUGA